AUGACAAUCUUCAUUGUCUCUCUAUUUCUCCCGCACACAGUCAAUUUCAUCCUCCCCGAAGGAUCGUCUCAGCAGAAACCACCGCCGAGUCCGAGGAGGAGACAUAGCCGCGAGAGCUCUGCUGACCUCAACAAGAGAGCGUACAAUACUCUAUUCCCCAGAAAAUCAGUCGCCGCCCCUGUGUCACCAACAGCAACCAAGCCCAAUCUCCUCAAGGACCAUGCGCGCAUCUUCGCCCCGCCUUCGGAUAAAUUGAUGCCCCAGGACUUUCUCCCAAGAAACGAAGACGGACAGCUUCAACCACUGACCCCCAGUGACCCUCAUGCCCCCCUUUGGGGAGCAACCGGCGUGUUCAACCAGCCUAGACCUCGACCCAGCCGGUCUCCCUCCUCCUCUAUCUUGAAUCAUAGCAGCAUUCCUGGCCCAACAUCGGAGCUGGUAAGGAAGAUAUCUGUCCCUCCUAAACAGGAUGAACUCGUUACAGCUCCGCCAGAGCCAGCCUUUUCAGACGCCAAAUGGACGAUAGAGCCCUCUGAACAAGGGAAUGGCGGCCUCUUCAACGCGAUCCGUUCCGCAGUUGACGAGGAUGCUCUUAAAGAGAAAUUGUGGGUGGGAACCCUAGGGAUGCCUACGGAUGCCCUUGAAGAGCAUGUCAAAGAUACCAUCGCGGAGAAACUGGAAGUUGACAAUGAAUGCCUGACUGUUUUUGUGAACGAUUCGGAUUUUGAUGGUCAUUAUCUUCAUUUUUGCAAAACCAUCAUGUGGCCGGUGUUUCACUACCAAAUUCCGGAUAAUCCCAAAAGCAAAGCCUACGAGGAUCACUCCUGGGUUUAUUACAAAGCCGUCAAUCAAGCAUUUGCGGAUCGAAUUGUCCGCAACUGGAAACGAGGCGAUAUUAUUUGGGUCCAUGACUAUCAUCUGCUCCUUGUCCCAUCCAUGGUUCGGAAACAAUUGCCUGAUGCCAAAAUUGGAUUCUUCCUUCACACGGCGUUCCCGUCUUCUGAAGUGUUCAGGUGUCUUGCCGUCCGCAAAGAAUUGCUCUACGGGAUUCUCGGGGCUAACCUGAUCGGCUUCCAGACUCCAGAGUAUUGCCAUCAUUUCCUCCAGACCUGCAGCCGGAUUCUAACAGUUGAGGCUACAAACGAGGGGGUUCAGCUUGAGGAUCGAUUCGUUAAUGUUGGAACAUUCCCAAUUGGAAUUCAUCCUCCCGCUUUAGAUCUUAGACGACGGAGCACAGAUGUUGAAACAUGGAUCACUAAAAUAAAGGAAAGAUACCAAGGCAAACGACUUGUGGUGGCUAGAGACAAACUGGAUAAUAUUCGCGGCGUAAGACAGAAACUCCUUGCCUUUGAACUGUUCCUCAACAAGUAUCCUAAAUGGCGAGACAGCGUGGUCUUAAUUCAGGUCGCAUCUUCGGGUGCUGAACAUUCAGAAUUAGACGCGACAGUUUCGGACAUAGCCACUCGAGUAAACUCCGUUCACUCCAGCCUUGCCCACCAACCUCUUGUUUUCUUAAAACAAGAUCUCCUUUUCCCUCAGUAUCUUGCUCUGAUAUCAGUCGCGGAUGUUUUUAUGGUUACAAGCCUACGAGAAGGCAUGAAUCUGACUAGCCAUGAGUACAUCCACUGCCAGGACGGGAAAUUCUCAGACAAGAAACAUGGCCCGUUGAUCCUUAGUGAAUUUACCGGAAGCGCCUCUAUUUUUGAUGGACACCCUUUACUUGUGAAUCCAUGGAAUUACCAGCAGUGCGCUGAUGCGCUAAAUACUGCGUUGGAAAUGUCUCCAGAGGAACGAGAACACCAGUGGACGAAACUCAAUGAAGCGGUCAAUGCGCAUACCACAGACAAAUGGAUCAAGAAAUAUAUUGCCGCUCUAGAUAAAGCCUUCGACGAACAAUCGUGCCGUGAUAACGUGUCUAUUCCUCGGUUAUCCGUCAUGAAACUGAUCAAUCUAUACAAAGCAUCGUCUCGUCGACUGUUCAUCGUCGACUACGAGGGCACCCUGGCAUCCUGGGGAUCACCUACUAGUAUUGUCUUGACAACACCAAAGCGUGCAAUUGACACACUGAAUGACCUGCUUGAAGAUCCGAAAAAUAUCGUCUACGUGAUGAGUUCUAGGAUGCCUGAAGAAAUGGAGCGGCUAUUCCGGCAGGUUCCGGGCCUAGGCCUCAUCGCUGAAAACGGAUGCUUCGUUCGAGAAUCAAAUAGAGAAGAAUGGAUCAAGUUAUUCGACGAUGAGGAGACGCAAGAAUGGAAAGAUAGCUUGGCUGAUAUGAUCAACUACUUCCAUGUCCGCACCGAAGGUAGCUGGAUCGAAGAACGCCACGCCUCGCUAGUCUUCCACUAUGACAACGCCGAAGACCCGCAGACGGCAGAACGACAUGCUUCAGACUGUGCGAACCACAUCAACGAUACCUGCCAGCAACAUCGGAUCCGCGCCGUAACCAUCGAAGGUGCCGUGAUCGCCGAGCCCAUCAGCCCCAACAAAGCCACGGCCGCGGACCGCGUUCUUCAGCACAUCCUAGCGCGAGCGGACAGAGACGGAGACAGUACCGCUAAACCGGACUUUUUAUUUGUUGCCGGCGACGGUCGCGAAGACGAAGCUGUUUUCCGCUGGGCGAAUAGACUGGAAGAAAAAGGUCUGAUCAAGAAUAUCGCGACUGUCACACUUGGAUCAAAGAACACCGAGGCGAAAGCUACCUUGACGCAGGGAGUGACAGGGGUUCUAUCCUGCCUUGGAAAACUUGCUGGGAUUUCGCAGAACGUUGAGCCGAAUGAGUAUUUAGCUGAUCGAGAGAUUCCGUAUAAAAUUUAG